ACUGCAGUCUUCACCAACUCUUUCAUAAACCCUAACCCCUCUCUCCUGUCAUCCACGCCUCUUACCAAUCCUCUCAAGGAUUAAAGAAUCUACGAGGUAGAAGUUUAUAUCCCCGUUUCUUAAUUGAGGGAACCAGAAAUGGCCUAUUCAGUUCUACCCCAGAAGUCGAUGAUCGAGGUUCUUAAUUUGCAUCGAACAAACUCAGUCUCCAACCAAUCGGAUCUCAGUUACUGCACCACUCAUUAUUCUAGAACAUGUACGAGGGCUCCGAUCAGCUGUUCGCGUGUGGGCGAUUGCAAAACUCAAUCCAAUCCAUGGAGGACGGAGAUUAAUGGUACAGGAGCAAGGCUUUCUUUGUUCAGGUGUAAAGUGCACCAAGCAGCUGUUUCUAUCGAUCGAACAACUGAGGAUAGUCAACAGCAAGAACAGAAAUUGGACGGGAAAACGACGUCCAGCGAGAAGAAAUUCAACACCCAAAUCCAUUCAAACAAAAAAAAUUCCUACCCUUCGACGUUUUCUCACAGAGGACCCUACGCUGAAAACGACGAGAAGACCAACAACGAAAUCCUCCAAAGCUUAUGCUGCCGCGGCAAAUUACUCGACGCAGUAAAAAUGGUGGAUGUGAUGACUCGCAACAGUCAAAUUCCCGAUUUUCCGUCCUGUGUAAAGUUGAUCAGAGGCCUAACCAAUGUCGACCGAACGGACAAAGCUGCUAAGGUUCUCCAGCUAAUGGUUAUGACAGGUGGGGUCCCUGAUGUAAUUACAUACAACAUGUUCAUCGGUGGUUUGUGUAGGAAACGGCACCUCAGUGCUGCUGUCGAUGUAUUGGAAGGCAUGAGCUUGAGUGGCUGCCCUCCAGAUAUUAUCACUUUCAACACGAUAAUACGAGCCAUGUUCGAUCAUGGUAAGUUCGACGAGGCUGUCGACUUUUGGAAAGACCAGUUGAGAAAGGGAUGCCCUCCUUAUGUAAUAACCUACACAAUCCUUAUCGAGUUGGUGUGUCAGCAUGUUGGAGUUGCUCGUGCUUUAGAGAUCAUGGAUGACCUGGCGGUUGAGGGUUGUUAUCCAGAUCUUGUGACAUACAAUUCGAUGGUCAAUCUUACUUGUAAGAAGGGUGAGUACGAGGACACCUCUUUGAUUGUAUGUAAUCUUCUUUCACGUGGGAUGGAGCCGAAUGCUGUUACGUACAACACGCUUCUACAUUCUCUUUGCACUUACGGAUGUUGGGAAGAAGUGGACGAAAUCCUCGUUUUCAUGAACGAAACAUCAAAUCCUCCCACGGUUAUUACUUACAAUAUCUUGAUUAACGGUCUGUGCAAGCACGGCUUGCUCGAUCGAGCGAUUGACUUUUUAGUUGAGAUGAUUUCGCAUGACUAUUGUCCUGAUAUUAUUACUUACAAUACGCUUCUGCGUGCGCUUUGUAAGGAGGAAAUGAUAGAUGAAGCUGUCGAAGUUCUUCGUUGGUUGAGCGAUAGAGGCUUCUCUCCGACUUUAAUCACUUACAAUAUCGUGAUUGAUGGAUUGGCAAAGCUUGGUUUCAUGGAGAAGACAAUGGAAGUGUACGCAUGCAUGGUGGAACGUGGGCCCCGCCCUGAUGAUGUCACGUAUCGGUGUCUGAUAUGGGGGUUCUGUCGGGCGGAUCUUGUUGGAGAAGCUAUUGAGUUGCUGCACGCGAUCGGUAGUAAUAGCAGGCGAAGGAUAAGAGAGAACUGUUAUAGAUUCUUGAUUCAUAGAUUGUGCCAGAUGAAAGAAGUUGACUCUGCGGUCCGAGUUGUGGAAAUGUUGACUUCGAGUAGAGGCAAGUAUAAGCCCACGUCGUGUUCGAAUAUUGUUCAGGGGAUAUACUCUUCGGGUAUGAAAGACGAAGCUACUGAGUUGCAGCAGAAGUUGAUAGAGAAGAAGCUUUUCAAAUAAUAAGACUUUUGUAUUACCGAGCAAGAAAUACGAAAACGAGGUGGAUGUCGAUUAGCUAGUUCGAAUCGAAUAUUGUAUAAGAAACAUGGAAAGAUUUUAAUGUCUGGCCUUCAGACAUUGUUGUCUGAUGAAGCUCUAAUGAUAUUUUUUUUUUUUUGAAAAGCUGAGAGCAAGUAACAAUCUGUGUAUGCAUUUUUCGAGUAUUUUUAAUAUUUUGUUUAAUUUUUUUUUGAACUAGAUUGCAUUAA